CACCUCUGUUUGCCUCUGGCCCUGCCCACCACAGACAUCCGGUUUCUCGAAGAUGAUCUGGAUGAGAUUGUGGUCACGGGACUGGAAAAGUCGCCCUACCCUGUCCCAGGUGGUCUCACCUGGUACCAUGGUUCUUCUGCCAACAUCUCCGAGUUGCAAGCAAGGGCUUCUUUUAAAAACAAAUCCCUUUGGGGAACAGGGAGGGUUUACAGGUGGGGGGGGGAGUCAGAAAUUCUUCUCUGACUCAGGUUUCAGCCCGAGGCAGAGAAUAAUUCAAGCGCUUUACAAAUCCUUCCCUCCCCAAACCCCAAAUCCUCCUGGAAACUUAUCUACGGGACUCCAAGGCGCCCUGCGGCAAACUGCUUUGGAUGUUCCCUACGCUGGUCUGAAUCUGCAGCGGGAGACAACUGGUGUAAAGUGUCGAACAGCCAGAAGGGAGCCCUUGUCAUCCAUCUCUCUGUUUGCUUCUGCCUUCUCGUUUGUUUUCCCCCUGAAAGUCACGAUUGUGCCGGGGAUGUGGAAAAGCUGCGACGGGACUUGUGCCAGGAUGCUCCCGGCUGGCCACGUGCCGGUUGCCGUAGGAACCUGCAAGAUGCACAUUCUAGAAGUUGUCCUGAAAGGAGAGGAGGAGUCGGUUGGACAGUUGUAGGAAAGGGGGCAAAGGGGCCCUCGGAUCCAAACCACAAAGUCUCAGGAUGUCCUGGUGAGUUGACGGCGGGCAGGGCAGUUCCGAAACGGGAGCUUCUUAUGGGGACCAGUUGCCAAAUUUGCAGUCCUACGUCUUGGGGACAGUGAAGCGGGCAGUGAGAUGGGGGUCUCAUUUCUGGGGCCAGAGACUCCAGUCUGCCAGCUGGUUUCCUUAACUAGAAGAAUGAAAAUCUAUCAGGGGACGUAUAGGGCCCUGUGCCUGUUUUUUUGCACCACAGACCAUGGAAUUUGGCCUCCGGUGCAGCCUAAGUAAGCAGGAAUUCCAAGAAUCUGAGUCUUCGUUUUUAAAAUGAAAGGGCUGUUUCUAGCCCUCAGAGUUAUGCAAGGAGAAAAAUCAGAAGAAUGUACGUCAUGUUUUUGCUAAGUUGUGAUAAAUUGAGAGGGCGUUUUCUUAAACCGUAGCACCCAGAUCUGGACACGGCACUCUAGGUGUGGUCUGACCAAGGCAAAAUGUUGUUUAGUCAUUUAGUCGUGUCCGACUCUUCGUGACCCCCUGGACCAGAGCACGCCAGGCACUCCUGUCUUCCACUGCCUCCUGCAGUUUGGUCAAACUCAUGCUGGUAGCUUCGAGAACACUGCCCAACCAUCUCGUCCUCUGUCGUCCCCUUCUCCUUGUGCCCUCCAUCUUUCCCAACAUCAGGGACUUUUCCAGGGAGUCUUCUCUUCUCACGAGGUGCCCAAAGUCUUGGAGCCUCAGCUUCAGGAUCUGUCCUUCCAGUGAGAACUCAGGGCUGAUUUCCUUCAGAAUGGAGAGGUUUGAUCUUCUUGCAGUCCAUGGGACUCUCAAGAGUCUCCUCCAGCACCAUAAUUCAAAAGCAUCAAUUCUUCGGAGAUCAGCCUUCUUUAUGGUCCAGCUUUCACUUCCAUACAUCACUACAGGGAAAACCAUAGCUUUUACUAUAUGGACCUUUGUUGGCAAGGUGCUGUCUAGGUUUGCCAUUGCUUUUCUCCUAAGAAGCAGGCGUCUUUUAAUUUCGUGACUGCUGUCACCAUCUGCAAAAUAGAGUGGUACUAUUCCUUCUCUUGGCCUGGACAAUAUAUUUCUGUUGAUGCAGCCUAGAAUUGCAUUAACAUUUUUAAUUUUUUUUGCCCUCUGAAUACCAGUUGCUGGAAACCACAGGUAAGAGUUUUGUGCUCAGAUCUUGCUUGCAGGUUUUGCACAGGCAUGUUUCACAGAACUGAAGAGCUGGAAGGAACCCAACUCCCUCAACCUUUCCUCAUAAGGCUUGGUCUCCAGACCCUUGAUUAUCCCGGUCGCCCUCCUCUGCACAAGUUCCAGCUCUUCAAAAUCCUUCUUAAUUUGUGGCACCCAGAACCGGACAUAGUAUUCCAGGUGUGGUAUAAUCAAGGCAGAAUAGAGCUGAACUAUUACUUUUCUUGACCUGGACACUAUACUUCUGUUGAUGCAGCCUAGAAGAUCAUUAGCUGUUUUGCUGCUCUAUCACAUCGUAAACAAUAAUAAUAAUAAUAAUAAUAAUAAUAAUAAUAAUAAUAAUUUAUUUAUAUCCCCCCCUCCCCAACCGAAGCCAGGCUCAGACAGGCUAACAACAAUAAAAGUAACACAACAUUCUAAAAUCAAUACAUCUAAAAUCAAUUCAAAAUCAAAUUCAUGGCAACCAUUGGGCUAGAGUUCUGUGAGGAUUACCAAAGGAGGAGGUCAGACUGUGCCUUGGCCAAAGGCCUGGUGGAACAGCUCUGUCUUGCAGGCCCUGCGGAAAAAAGGCAAGUCCCGCAGGGCCCUAGUCUCUUGUGACAGAGCGUUCCACCAGAUUGGGGCCACGGCCGAAAAAGCCCUGGCUCUGGUUGAGGCCAGCCUAACCUCCCUGGGGCCUGGGACCUCCAAGAUGUUUUUAUUUGAAGACCGUAAGGUCCUCUGUGGGGCAUACCAGGAGAGGCAGUCCCGUAGGGACGAGGGUCCUGGGCCAUAUAGGGCUUUAAAUGUUAAAACCAGCACCUUAAACCUGAUCCUGUACUCCACCGGGAGCCAGUGCAGCUGGUAUAGCACCAGGUGAAUGUGAUCGCCGCGGCAUUCUGCACUUGCUGGAGUUUCCAUUGACUCAUGUGAAGCUUGUGGUCCACUAAGACGCCUAGAGCCUUUUCACAUGUGCUACUGGCAAGCCAAGUGUCCCUCAUCUGAGAUUUGUGCAGCUGUUCUUCCUGUGUAGAACCUGACAUUUGUCCCUAAAAAACUUCAUUUUGUUAGUUUGGGCCCAGUUCUCCAGUCAUCAGUCCUGAUUCUGUCUUCUGCGGCAUUAGCUACCUCUCCCAGUUUGGUGUCAUCUGCAAAUUGGAUGAGCAUCCCCUCAAUUUCUUCAUCCAAAUCAUUUAUAAAGACGUGGAACAACAACAGGCCCAGGACAGAACCCUGCAGCACCCCACUUCUCACAUUUUUCCAGGAUGUGACAAGUGGUUUCCAACCAUUAAUGAGCACUCUUUGGGUUCAGUCAGUCAACCAGCUACCAGUCCACCUAACAGCUACCUCAUCCAUCCCACAUUUUACCAGCUUCUCCACAAGAAUAUCACGAGGGACUUUAUGAAAACCACUGUGAAUUUGGCCACAGGAUGCUUGACUAGAUGCAUUGAUGCUUCUGGAAAGGGGAGAGGAGAUUCCAAGUCACCUAAGCCUUUUGUUUUACAUAAAGAAAUGGUCCUUUUGUUCCUUUCCAUUUUUUUUUAUUUUCACAAAAUUAUAAACAAACAAGACAAACAAACAAACAAACCCAAUUCACAAUCUUAUUAGAAAUUAUACUCAUUAACAUUGUUAAGUGACUUCCUCGCUUCCCCUUGAAUUUCCAUGCAUAUCCAUUUAACGGUUUUCCAAAUCACAGUUCUUAUAAACUUUACCUUUAGCUUUAACAUCUUUCAGUCUUUACCUUUUGAAAUUAUACAUAUUGAUUCAUCACUUAACUUAUAUAAAAUCCUAAGCCUAUUCAUCCACAUCAUAUAAAUAUGCUGUGGUUGGUCCUUUGGGGCAAAUGGCGUGAAGCCCCCAGGCAUCUCAGUCUGUUUUCAGCCUGCUCCCACCCACCUGCCUUACUGACCACCUGUCCAAGGAGUAGCACUGGCUGCCGCCACCUCCUCCUUAGCACCAGUUUUGCCAUUGUAGGACUCAGCUGGGAAGAGCAUUGGGGGAAACCCGAGUGCUGGUUCUGCCUGCCAAUGGGCGCCAGCCAGCCCUCCCUGUAAAAUGGCAAGCCAGAUCAUUGGUCCAACUAGCCCACUCGUAUUGAUUGUGCUGACUAGCAGAAAUUCUUCAAGGCUUCGGCUUUCUAAGAUUAUUUCUGUUGAGCAUUCCAUGUUUUCUCACCACAGUUCUCCACCCUGGAGCUAUGGGACAUCCCCUAACCCGGGGCAGGCAACCUUUUCUCUUUCUACAGUGGUGGGUGAGGAAGGAGGGCUGGGCCACCUUCUCUCUCUGGUUUCACCCACACAACACAUUUAAAGCCAUCCUUCUAAAUCUAUGUGGACCAUAACUAAGUCCCUGACAUUUUGAAAAACACACCUAAGCAGAAAUGAAUAUUAUUAUGCCUUGCAGAAGUCAACAAAGCUGCACUAACAUUGAGAUCCACCCUUGAUUUUUCUCUGCUGCGUCUUAAAAAAAACCCGACUUGAAAGGGGAACUCCUUCCUGGCAGGUAUCUUGGCCAGGUGGGCAGACAGGUGGGCAAGUCAGCAGGUGCUCAGCUGACAACCUUCGGGAGGAGAUGGGAUCCCUUUCAGAAAUCCCUGGCACAGCAAGGUCUUGGAUGCAUUUUGCGGAGGAGCUUCCAAGAGAGCAGGUGGGCCCGGGUACCACCAUCGCAGCAUCCUCAUCCUCUUGAGGAAACACUGCAUUGCUUGCUUCCAGGUUGCUUGGACCGGUGUGCAGCAUCCCAUAGAUUUCUGAGUCCCUGCCCCCUUUGUUCCCUGAGUGGUGGGAGAGAGGAGCCUUUGCACAUGAGAAACAACACCAGAGACCUUCAGUCUUUUUGCAAGCUGAGUAGACUAAACUCAAGCGGUGGGGAACCUCAGGACUGGCUGCUGAAUGUGGCACCCCUAUCUUGCCCACAGGCUAAACCAGGUGAGGGUAGCCAGUGGGUUUCAAACCCUCUAAGUUAGGGACUUAUCCUGCAUGCAAAGAUAGGCACAUGGGCUUCAGCACAUGGAUGUAGCCAGGAUUUUUGUUGAGGGGGCAGGACUUAUGGUGGGGCAGAACCGACAUGAUUGGUCAGUUAAGUAAAUCGGCAGGUUGAGAAGACGAGACCAAUAGAGUCAUACCUCGGGCUGAAGUAGUUUUGGGAGAAGUAUUUUCGGGUUGCACGUGACCCGGAAGUAAUGGAGCGCGUUACUUCCGGGUUUCGCCGCUCGCGCAUGUGCAGACGGUCAAAAUGAUGUCAUGCACAUGUGCAGAAGCGGCGAAUCAGAUCCCGCAUGGCCCUGGUCUCAUGAGACAGAGUGUUCCACCAAGUCGGGGCCAGUGCUGAAAAGGCCCUGGCUCUGGUUGAGGCUAAUCUGACUUUUCUAGGAGAAGGAAAUCUCUGAUCGUAAGCCUCCUAUGCUUUGAGGCUAUACUCAUUUGUAAGAAAAGCUUCAGGAGUAAACCCCAAAGAAAAAUCUGUGCCUGCUACAGAUACCUGCAGUGCAUCUUCGGAAGAAGAAAAGACUAAGGCGUAAACCCUACACAAAUCCAGAGCAGAAAUCCUAAGAUGGUUGGAUGGCGCCCUGUACGCCUCCUUCUGGCAACUCCUGCAGCCAAUCUGGUGCCAAACCUCUUGCUCUGCUUUCCUUGGAUAACGUCACCAAGCACCUCCCCAUUCUCUCCCGCAACUUUCCCCUGGCAAAAUUCAAAUUUCGCAAACAAACCUUUCCCAUUCGUGCAUGUACAUCAGUGAUCUCAUUCAUCUCUAGCAGCCCAAGUUUGCUGCUAGAGCAACUUCUCCUGCAUCUUGUCCUGGAAGCUCAUAGAAUCUCACAUCAUAGAGCUGGAAGGGGCCCCCUGAGGAUCAUAUAGUCCAGCCCCCUUCAUUGCAGGAAUUUGCAGCUCUCCCUCACGGGGAACGAACCUGCAACCUUGGCAUCUUCAGCUCCACACUCUAACCAGCUCAGCUAUUCUAGAAUGAUACAAGAGGGACUCGUUGUUAAACAGCUCUGGGAAUUGUAUUUCCUUGAGGCGAAUAAGGUAAAGGGACCCCUGACCAUUAGGUCCAGUCGUGGCCGACUCUGGGGUUGCGGCGCUCAUCUCGCUUUAUUGGCCGAGGGAGCCGGCGUACAGCUUCCGGGUCAUGUGGCCAGCAUGACUAAGCCGCUUCUGGGGAACCAGAGCAGCGCACGGAAAUGCCGUUUACCUUCCCGCCGGAGUGGUACCUAUUUAUCUACUUGCACUUUGACGUGCUUUCGAACUGCUAGGUUGGCAGGAGCAGGGACCGAGCAACGGGAGCUCACCCCGUUGCGGGGAUUCGAACCGCCAACCUUCUGAUCGGCAAGUCCUAGGCUCUGCUUAACAAACUACAGUUCCCAGGAUGCUUUGGGGGAAGCCAUGGCUGGGGAAAGCACUUUGAAUGCAAGCUGCAUUAUGUGGCCUCAGCCAUUGCUAUUCGUCUCGCUUCGAAUUGUAGAAAAGGCCGGCAGAAAACCUUCUCUGCUCAGGUGAACAAAGCCCAGUUAAAGGUGUUGCUUAUCAUCUGACUAUCGAUCUGGGUCGUCAGGAAAAGGCAUCAGGACCAGCCUUUCCAAACAGCCUUCGCAGGAUGCAAAGCGAAGCUUGGAAGGCUGAGCUUAAGGCAGAAAAGCAAGAGGGAAGAAGCAAGGGGGAGGGAGGGGGGCGGAGAGCAGGAAGCGAAUAAAACCAACACCUUCUGUGCUUCUAGAAGACACUGGAGCGACGAGAGCCGCACUCAGGGCAAAAAUAGCAUAAGGUGAAUGAGCGCCUGGGGAGAUGUAAAGCUGCCUUGACAGCUUCCCAUAACAGGGUAGCUGCCUUUUGCCAAAGUCAUUAAAGGCUGCUCCGUUGUGUAACCGCAGCUAAAGAUGCCUUGCGACGGCCGGAUCCUGUCAAGUGCUGAUGAUCUGUGUCUCUCCAGACAUCAGCUGUAUACAGUGGUACCUCGGUUUAAGAACAGUCUGGUUGAAGAACAAUACGGUUUACAAACUCCGCAAAACCGGAAAUAGUGUCUUGGUUUGAGAACUUUACCUCGGUCUAAGAACGGAAUCUGAAUAGUGGAAGGGCACCGGCAGUGGGAGGCCUCAUUAGGGAAGGCGCACCUCGGUUUAAGAACAGUUUUGGUUUAAGAAUGGACUUCUGAAACGGAUUAAGUUUGUAAACCGAGGUACCACUGUAUAGCAAUGAGAGCAGGUCCAUCCAGUGGCAUAGCGUGAGGGCGGGUGGCACAGGCAGGGACGGAUUUAGGUUAGCUACUGAAGGUAAUGGAGCCCUUUAUACAGCAGGCGGGGCCCGUGACUUACAUCAUAGGAGCCUACACAACACAAAACACUGUUGCUGUAUGUAGGUUUUAUUGUAUUCGUUUUUUAUCGUAUAUUUUGGAAAUGUACAUCCAGGGGUUUUUUUCCUUUUUUGAGGCCCCCAAGAGAGUGGGGCCCUAAGCUAUAGCUUGUUUAGCUUAUACGUAAAUCCAGCAUUGGGCACAGGGGUGAUUGCCCCAGGUGCAAAAUUGUUAGGGAUGCAACAUUUCAAGAUCUGGUGCUGCCUCAAUGCAGCUGCACAUUUCCAUCGCUGGGCUCCAUUGAAAACGACUUUCCCAUGCGAACCAGGAAGUGACCUCUCCAGACUCUUAUUUUCUUAUCUCAGCGGCUGUGACCUCCCGUCAGGCAGUUGAAUAUGCAGGCACACUCUGUCUGUUUCCUCCCUUCCACCCACCUCCAUGUGGCCCCGGGCACUGGCAACCCAUGCUACGCUGCUGGGUCCAUCCCUACAGUUAGCCAGAGUGAGGUGACUGCCUUAAGCAGCAGAUGCUGGUGGGUGGUAAGCAGUGGCACUUCUUGAACCCACCAGUUGUUCCCCUCUGUUGGAGAGCAGAGCUGUGAGUUUCGUGGCCCGCCCUGCACCCAGUUCCCUCUGGCAUGGUAGAGGAUGGUUGACACAGUCUGGUUCACGGGCGAUCAAAGUCCUGGCAGGGGAUGUCAGGACCGGGGUCAAGAUGGGGGGUGGGAGCAGGAACGGGGGUCCAGAAGCCAGGAGGCCAAGAGUCCGAGGGUCAGAGAGCCGGGAGUCAAGAAGCCAAGGGUCCAAAGGUCAGGAAACAAGGAGUCACGAAGUCAGGGGUCCGAGGGUCAAGAAGCAAGGAGUCACAAAGUCAGGGGUCCAAGGCUCAAGAAGCAAGGAGUCAUGAAGUCAGGGGUCUGAGGAUCAAGAAGCAAGGAGUCAUGAAGUCAAGGGUCUGAGGAUCAAGAAGCAAGGAGUCACGAAGUCAAGGGUGUGAGGAUCAAGAAGCAGGGAAUCAGGAAGCUGAGGUUCAAGGAUCAGGCAGCAAGAAGCCAAACGCAGCAAGGCAGGAAGCGUGUUGCUGUGGCAAAGAGCCGAAGGGAAAUGCUGACCUUAUAUCCCUUCCCAGCUCUUGCCACCAAGUGCGGUGAGUUACCAAGUGGCCUCACCUGUACAGCCACUCCUUUCCUCUUCAGAACAAACUUAGGAAGGUCCCAGUCCUGCAAAGUCCUACUGGUCACAGGGCCUGGCUCCUGCACGCACUCCUGACAAUGGUCCCCAUGGCUGUGAUGCAACUGGCAAUCCAGUUACUUUCUGCAACAUGGUGCCGUCUUGUCCUUUGCUUCCGGAAUCAAAUGGUCCUGAAUGCCAUCGGCUGAGUUCAUUGCACCAAGUUGAGUUGGGAGCAACUAAGCAGAAGACAUUGCUGCAGCCCUGUGCUAAGAGGCCUGGGUCUGCCAGAACUGAUCUGUGAUAGCAGCUUCACACAAACAUGUGAACUCAGCACAAGAGCUGCAUCCCAUGUGCAAAACAGGGCGACCAAGAUGAUCAAGAAUCUGGAAACCAAGCUGUAUGAGGAGUGGCUGAGGGAGCUAGGUAUGUUUAGCCUGGAGGACUGAGAUAUCACCUUCACGGCCUAGGACCCUCGUACCUACGGGACCGCAUCUCCCAGUCUGCUGCACGAAGGACCUUAAGGUCAAUAAAUAGCAACACCCUAGAGGUCCCGGGCCCUAAGGAAGUCAGAUUAGCCUGAACCAGAGGCAGGGCCUUUUCAACACUGGCCCCGGCCUGGUGGAACGCUGUGUCUCAUGAGACCAGGGCCUGCGGGAUCUGAUUUCUUUCCACAGGGCCUGUGAGACAGAGUCGUUCCGCCUGGCCUUUGGCUUGGAAUCAACUUGAUCCCCUUCCCCUCUUUCCUUAUUCCUUUCUCCUUCUGUGAUGGAACUCCUAUUUGGGGACUUCCCUGGCUUUUUUCUGGCCCAUGUAGGGCCAGUCUGGAUAGUUGGCCUUGGUGAAGAUUGGACGUUUUCAUCCCCAAAAAGUUUUUGAUUUGAGUUUCUACUGAAAUGAGGCUGCAUUUUAAUGUCGUAUUUUAAUCUUGUUUUUUAGUUGUAUUUUAAUCAAUUGUUUUUAUACCUGGUGUUAGCCGCCCCAAGCCCGGUCUUGGCUGGGGAGGGCGGGGUAUAAAUAAAAUUAAUUAUUAUUGUUAUUAUUAAAUAUAUAAAGGGCUAUCCCAUGGAAGAAGGAACAAACUUGUUUUCUCCUGCUCCCGAGAGCAGAACCUGAACCAAUGAUUCAAACUGUAAGAAAUGAGUUUCCAACUAAAUAUGUAGGAAGAAUAACUUUCUGAUGCUAGGAGCUGUUGGACAGUGUAGCGGACUACCUCAGAAGGUGUAGUUUUUUAAUCAAAGGUUGGAUUUCAGGGAUUCUUUAGCUGAGAUUCUUGCAUUGAAGUGGGUUGGACUAGAUGACCCUUGGCAUCCCUUCUAACCGUACAGUUCUAUGAUUCUAUGUUCCUUUUUGUCUGGAGCACGUUGGUAAGGUGCCCUGUUCUUUGGCUACACUGAAGGCCAGAAGGAGGGGAUUUGCUUAAUCCAGACGAACCAUUUGUUCAUAUAAAUACACUGCACAAACUUUGCUUGGUCCUAUGCAUUGCACAAUUGCCACAAACACACCUGUGGUGUUGCAUGUAGAAACGAGAGAAGGUGACUGCCUAAUUUGCCUCUGCAUCCAACAGAUACAAAUGUCUCUGUGCUGUGUGUUUGGGCAAAUAAUAAUAUAUAAUAAUAAUUUAUUAUUUAUACCCCGCCCAUCAGGCUGAGUUUCCCUAGCCACUCUGGGUGGCCGCCAAUCAAGUGUUUGAAACUAUACAGCAUUAAAUAUCAACAACUUCCCUAAACAGGGCUGCCUUCAGAUGUCUUUUAAAAAUAAGAUAGCUGCUUAUUUCCUUGACAUCUGAUGGGAGGGUGUUCCACAGGGCGGGUGCCACUACCGAGAAGGCCCUCUGCCUGGUUCCCUGUAACUUGGCUUCUCACAGCGAGGGAACCGCCAGAAGGCCCUCAAAGCUGGACCUCAGUGUCCAGGCUGAACGAUGGGGGUGGAGACCCUCCUUCAGGUAUACAGGACUCAGGUCAUUUAGGGCUUUAAAGGUUAGCACCAAACAGAACCUGUGUAUCUUUUUCCUUCCAUAGGUAAGGUAAAUCGAUACCAACAAUAAAGUUAAAGAGGCACACUCCUUCCUUGGUGAAAUGCUGUGUGUGUAUGUAAAAUAUAUACACAGCACAUCAUGUGUACACAUGUUUAUAAAGUGCACAAGUGUGUGUGUGUGUUUGUGUGCUCCUGUUUCCACACAGAAACAACCAAGAGUCUUGCAGCAUCUUAAAGACUAGCCAAUUUAUUACAGCCGAAGAUUUUGUGGACUGGAAUGGUGAUAUAUAUUAGUCAUAUGCAUUCCUGUGUGUCUGGAUAACCUGUCUCUCUAUAGCAUACAUGCUCAGCUCUCUGAGCAUAACACACAUCACACGCAGGUGCAAGAAGUGUAUGCAGGGAGCGCAUAUAAUAAUGCAGCCGACAGCAUAACAACAUGAAAAGAGCCUGCUGGAUCAGGCCAGUGACCCAUCUCUAGUCCAGCGCCCUGUUCUCCCAGUGGCCAGCCAGAUGCCCUAAUGGGAAAUCUGCAAGCUGGACUCGAACACAAGACUCUCCCCUCCUGUGGUUUCCAGCAACUAGCAUUCAGAAGCAUUGCUUCCUCCAUGGCUUCAUCCUCCAUGAAUUUGUCCCAUCCUCUUUUGAAGCCAUCCAGCUUGGUGGCCACCACUGCUUCCUGUGGCAGGCAGUUCCAUAGUUGAUAUGUGUUGAUAUAAUAAAUAACACUGUGCCCAUGGAAGAUGUUAACUCCCAGUCUGUUUGGUGGGCAUGUAAGUAAACACUACACGUAGUCUUCCCCCUACUCAAGUGGUUGCACCAAUUCAAUGAACAGAAGAAUGCACUCUGCACAUGUUCAGAUGCUUUUUAAUCCUUGUCAACGGAGGGAACCCUGGAACUGAAAGUAUGUUGGGCUGGAAUAAACCCCGACUCCACACAUAUUCCCUAAGGCAAAGGCAGAUUUAGCAUUAAGGAAUGCUGUUCAAUGAGUCUGAUUAUGAUCCUAUCUUUCAUCCAUAUUGUUGACACCCUGAAGGCUCCAGGUUCAAUCCCCAACGUCUCCAGGUAUGUCUGGGAAUCUGAAGCUUGGUUGUAGCCCUGGGAGUUGCUGUCAGUCAGUGCUGGCUGUACUGCCCUGGGUGGACUAGUGGUCUGGCUCUAUAUAAGACGACUUCCUGGGCUCCUGUGAUUUCACCCCAGAUCAGCUUGGUCUCUGGAAGCUCCUCUCCUCUCCCCCUGCACAUGUGGCGUGGCUCACUUUCUUGAGCCACCUGCCACUGUUCACCUAUUAUUUUGCACCUGCUCUCUGCUUGGGGCUCAUGCCAGUAAGGAUUGUACUAACAGAAGUGCGGGAAGUUUGCAGAAAUCACUGGGGUUAUGGAUGCUGCAGCCUUUUGGCAAAAGUUUGGAGCCAGUGGUCUUCCUUGCACCGUAUGUAGUAUGUGCCCAGAUAGCGUAUCGCUUCUUCUCUUCCCUUUUUUCUGGGGAGGGGUGGGAAGGGCUGGCCACGAAACGGGCAAGCAACCCCAGAAGGUUCAAACGUCCAGGUCUGUCCACUGCUGAGCUUUCUCAAUGCAAUGGAUUAUUAUCAACAAAACAUAGCAGUUAAGUAAGACUGCUUUGUUCUGGUGGAACGGAAGGCGAUGGGCUCUCCUUCCCAGGAGUUCUCAAAGCAGAGUUUGGAUGGCCAUCUGUCAGGGAUUUCUUUAGCUGGACUUCCUGCAUGGCAGGGGGUUGGACUGGAUGACCUUGGGGGUUCCCCUUCCAACUCUAUAACUCUAUAAAUGAGGGGGUACCGUCCAGCUGACCCGCUCACUCUCCUUCAUCCAAAAGUGGAGCUUUGCCAACACUGAGAUCCUGGCCUUCUUUCACCUUGAUUUUCCUGUGCCAGUGACCUAGAAAUCUCCCCUCCUGGGGCACCCUCAGACCGACAGCUGCCGCCUCGACUAGGGGGAAGCCCGCUUCCAUCUGGUCCCACUGCGCAACAGCGCCCCUUGGUGCCCGUGCCAAAGCAUUGCCUGGCAGCAGCCCAGAGAGAACCAGGCGUCGGGUGGUUUUGGUGAUUAGGCACCCACCUCCAGGAUUUUGCAGGAUUUCUGGAGGCUUCCAACUUCCUGACGGCCAAUUUUGUUUUAUUUUCUCUCCCCCCCCCCUUAACCAUCUAGAUAUGAACUGUUGUUGUUCGAAAAGCAGAGAGCGGGGAGGGGAGAGCGCGCGGAGUGAGGUGGCGAGAGCCAGGCGCCAAAAAAGAUGCUAAAACGUCACAGGGAGAGAUUUCCUUAUUGGGUCUCCCUCGCCUGCAUCCUGAGUCCAUAUAUGGGCAUUUAUGUCACAGCAGCCUCGCUCGGGGAACUCCAGAAAUGGAAGAGCGGAAGAUCAGAGGCAGAUAUAUAAACCCAGGCUGCGUCUCCUCGGCUCUUUGCUUACAAACACCGAAGAGGGGAGAGAGAGACGCACCUGCCCAGCUCAGCCCAGGUGAGGCCUGGGAUACAGAUACAGCCCCCAGCUCCCUAGGAAUUCAGAGCAUCCUCCUCUCUCUCUGCCACGCGAGGACCAGCAUCCCUGCGUCUUUCCACCUGUCGGAGGAUACCUUUACUCACCCCACCUGGAGCUGAAGCAACCUCUGCCUUAGGGGGCCUCUCUGAGCAGCCAGGGAGGGGGCUCUCUCCUCCCUUCCACACCUCCUGCUUUCCUCCCAUCUUUCCUCCCCCCCCCCCCCAUUCCCAUCUCCUUUUCUUCAAUUUGGACAUGUUGAACACCAUGGAUUUCUCGCACCAGGACUCUCCGUAUGACAAGCGUCAGCUGAAAGCAGGUGACGCUUCCGUCUCCGGGCAGGACCAGGAGUCCCAACUUUUGACGGAGCAGCCGAGGGAGGGAGCCUCUGGUUUUCUCCCAGGUAAGGAAGAGAAGCCUACUCCAUCUCACCUUGGAAUGUCGGGCGGGGGGCGGGGCGGGGCGGUGGAUGGACCUGCUCUGGAUUUUUUAACCUGAUUAUUUCACGUGAAAGCAAGCCGGGGGGCAGGGGACCGGCAUCAGAUUUGUGAGCGCACAGCGGCACGGGCAAAUGCCCUUCUCUAAAAUGAUGGUGUUAUAACGCUUAGGGUAAAUUUAAGAGUCCGUUAAUUGUUUAAAACAAUGCGUGGGAGGGGGGGGUUAGUAGGGGAAUGUGGUUUGAAAAUCGACUGUGAUGGCAUUCAUUAGAACUGCAUGGCUAGAAGUGUGUGAGGGGGGAGGUUAAUACGAAAGAAACAUAGAAUAGAACCGGAAGGGCUCCCACGAGGCCAUCCAAUCCAACCCCUGCUUUGUGCCCACCAGAUUCUAUAUGUGCUCAAAGCAUUCUUGACAGGUGCUGGUUUAACCGUUUAACCCAAAACUUACAAAGGAGGUGGUUCUUCAAGUUCCCUGCUAGGCAGCUCAUCCAAUUGCAGAACAGCAGGACAUGAUUAUUCCCAUUUCACAGAUAGGGAAUGGUGGUCGAGAGAAUGGCUGAGGAAGCCCGUGCAAAGGCUGACACCACCCCAGUGCUCCAAAUAUGGGUUCUUCCCCUUUAGACUCUCCCUUUUUUGGCAAAUGCUCUGCACUGGAUUGAAAAUUGUGCCUGGGUCCAAGAGGGGAAAGUCCUUAUCUCCGUGGUAGACCCUCUACCUGUCAUACAGGUAACAUGUCCAGGUAGGGCUGAGAAGGACACCUGCCUGAAGCUUUGCAGAGCUGCUGGCAGUCAGCACAGACAGUUCUGAGCUAGAUGGACUCAAGCCCAUCUUGUGUCUCUUCACUAGGGCAACCUACUUGCUGUCUCCCAGUCUAACCAAUGGUUAAUUGCUAAAAGGAUGGAGUCAAGGCUGAAAUGCAACUGGUGGAGGCCUUUACCCCCCGCCCCCAGAUCCCAAGCCUGUGAGGCUUGGUUAUAGCUGCUUAGACGCUGCACAUGCUCAGGAACUCUUCCUUCUUUCUUUAUUUCACAUGCUCUGGAGCCAUUAAGACCUGGCCCAUGGAGACCAACUCUGGGAUCUAGCCCUGGGUCCAUGAAGCCUUGAGCCCAACUCACCUCCUAGAAGUCUUGUGAUGGUCAAAUGAGUCAGGUGUGUGUGGGCAUCAUAACCCACCUCAAACUGCUAGAUCAGGCUGCAAAUCCACCUUGAACAAGCAAGAGCCUCAUUGCAGGUACCUCAUAGGAGGACAUGCCUCACCCCUAUUGCAUCUGGGGCACGAAACAGGGCCAUGGGGAGCUACAUUCUACCAGCUCAGGCUAUUGGUCCACCUAGGUCAGGUCUGUGUCCUUGAUUUGGUGCCUGAUCUUCAAUGUCAGGGAACGGGCUCAUCCCAUCACCUGCCACCCGAUGGCCACCUGUUUACCUGCAUUGCAAGGGGUUAGACCAGAUGACCCCUGGGAAACCUUCCAACAGUUCCAUGAUGCCAGGACUCUUUUGGUUGAAGGAUUAAAGCCGGGGCCGUCUGCUUGCAAAGCUGUGUGUGCCACCAUCACGCUAAGGGGCCAUCGCACCUUCCCAGAAACCUCUGCUGCCUUUUCUUGUGGAGCUCUGGUGUUCUAUGAUUCUAUUUGUAAUGAAAACCCCGUGUUUCUGUUUUCCAGGUGACUUUAUGGGAGCCACAAUGAACCCUGAAACCACAGAUUACUACUUCGUUUCCGGACAGCCCUCCCCACCGGUCAGCUAUACGGGCAGCUUUUUCAUCAAGACAGAGCAAUGCCAAGACCAGGAGUCCCUCUUCAACCUGAUGUCAGGCAUCCUUGGUCUUUCUCCCUUCUCGUCUUCAGAGGCCCACCAGAGGCAGCCGGACGCCGCCUACAGUGUCCCAGAGGCCAUUCAGAACCAUUUGGACCUCUAUUCCACCUGCCAGCCCGAGCUGAACAUUUCUGUGCGGCCGUUGUUAGCCGAGCAAAGCUAUUCUACGUUCUCCAGCCCUGACACCAUCCAGCAAGCCCAACCUUCCUCCGACAUGGGGGCCUCUUCCCAAUGCCUCUUUAGCGAAAAACUGUUGGACAGCAAACAGGACAUCAAGCUGUCCGCCAUCUCCCCGUCCCUGGAGAAGUUCAAAUCUCCUUGUUCCCACUGGGACCCUCUUAGCCAGUCUCAGAAUUACCUACCAGCAGAAUACAACCCUCCAGAGACAUUCCGCCCCACAGAGGCCAGCCAGACAAUGUUCCCCCAACUGGCAUCCAAAACCGAGAAUGUGCUGUCCGUCAGCUGCCAGUCGGAGCUCAACGGACUCCCCGAACAGUCGGGUUCCUUCGGACAAAAUCUGGACUUCACUUGCCUGCCGGAAAGGUUCUCCACCCUCACACAGAUCCCCAGUGACUUUGUAGAGGCCAAGAUCCCCAAUUUACCGCCCCAGCUCAUCCAAGACUUUGAGUCUUCCUUGCCCCAGACUGAGGUCAUGCCAAACUUGGCAAGCACCAAUGACCAGAGGCUGCACACCAGCCACACCCCGCCAUCAACUCCCAUGACAGACUUCCUGGCCCAUUCCGCCGGCUCCUUGGUCAACCCCCUAGCCCCCAGCAGGACCCCCGGAGCCGUCCCAGAGCCAAAGAAGAAGCCUCGCAGGGGGAAGUGCUCCUCCAAAUGCUUCUGCCCCAAACCCCAUGAAAAAGCCUUCGCCUGCCCGGUGGAGAACUGCAUCCGUUGUUUUGCGCGGUCGGACGAGCUCAACCGCCACCUGCGCAUCCACACCGGCCACAAGCCCUUCCAGUGCCGCAUCUGCCUGCGGAACUUCAGCCGCAGCGACCACCUGACCACGCACAUCCGGACGCACACGGGGGAGAAGCCCUUCUCCUGCGACGACUGCGGGCGCCGGUUCGCCAGGAGCGACGAGAAGAAGAGGCACAGCAAGGUCCACCUGAAGCAGAAAGCCCGGGCGGAGGAGAAGCUCAAAGGCCUGGGCUUCUACUCCGUGGGACUUUCUUUCGGGAUGCUGUGAAACCCCGGGGGGUGGGUGCGAAUCCUGCUGGGACUUUGCGGGGAUGUUUUUUCUUUCUGGAAAGGGCUCUGGGAAACUCAGGUUAAGGUUCCUUCGUGCAGCAGAGAGUUGAAAGGAACGAUAGACGUGGCAUUGUGGCUUGUCCUGUUGAUUCACUUUUUUGGAAGUGUCCGGGUGGAAGAACGUAAAUGGAGGGGACCAAAAGGGUCUGGUGGGAUGCGGGCAAGAAUUCAAAGUCAUUCCAUGCUCAUUUGCAGAGGAGUUCAGGUCCAAAGGCCAGCUUCUGAGUUGUCAGAGAAAUCUGUAUUUUAGCAGAGGUGAGCUUCUGAGUUUCAGCACCACAUGAGUAGCGGACAGCUCCCAGUGGCUAAGCUAGGCUGAGCAAGGCGCUGAAUUUCCCAAACAGCAUUCGUAAAUAUAUAUAUAUAUUACAAGGGAGAGAGAAACACCUAUCUCUGUUUUACGCAAGAACAAGACAACUUUACAGUUUUUAAUGAACUGAACCGACUUUCAUUACAUAAGCACUUUAAUGGGCCUUCCAGGGAGAGGGGAGGGGUACUUAAAUUUUUUUUCCUAAGAAUAAAAUUUCUCAUGUUCAAACUGCAGGGCUGGGGAAGGAGACAAAGUUGUAUACAAUCAGCACAGUUCAUUGCUUUGUUAAUGAUGCAAAUUGUUGCUAUGGAGUAGGCAAACUUUGCUUAAUGAACAUUUUGUAUAUAAUUGUGAUUGCAGGAUUGGGUGGGCGGGGUGAUUCUCAUUUUUUAUGUAAAUCUCUCUCUUUGUAAAAACAGAAUGUGCCAGGGUUAUUACAAAGCUGUG